AUGAAGGAGAAGUCGAAGAACGCCGCGCGGACCCGGCGGGAGAAGGAGAACAGUGAGUUUUAUGAACUGGCCAAACUGUUGCCGCUUCCGUCCGCCAUCACCUCCCAGCUGGACAAAGCGUCCAUCAUCCGGCUGACCACGAGCUACCUGAAGAUGAGAGUGGUGUUUCCUGAAGGCCUUGGGGAGUCCUGGGGUCAUGUGAGCCGCAGCUCUGUGGAUGGAGUCAACCAGGAACUGGGCGCCCAUCUCUUACAGACAUUAGAUGGCUUCAUCUUCGUGGUUGCUCCGGAUGGUAAAAUAAUGUACAUUUCAGAAACAGCAUCGGUCCACCUGGGCCUGUCGCAGGUAGAGCUGACUGGAAACAGCAUUUAUGAAUACAUCCAUCCAGCAGACCAUGAUGAAAUGACAGCCGUCCUCACAGCACACCAGCCUUACCACUCACACUUCGUCCACGAGUAUGAGAUGGAACGCUCCUUCUUUCUGAGAAUGAAAUGUGUCCUUGCUAAAAGAAAUGCUGGUCUCACCUGUGGAGGCUACAAGGUGAUCCACUGUAGUGGCUACCUGAAGAUCCGUCAGUACAGCCUGGACAUGUCUCCGUUUGACGGCUGCUAUCAGAACGUGGGGCUGGUGGCUGUCGGCCACUCGCUGCCGCCCAGCGCCGUGACGGAGAUCAAACUGCACAGCAACAUGUUCAUGUUCAGAGCCAGCCUGGACAUGAAGCUCAUCUUCCUGGACUCACGGGUUGCAGAGCUGACGGGCUACGAGCCUCAGGAUCUCAUUGAGAAGACUCUCUAUCAUCACGUCCACAGCUGUGACUCCUUCCAUCUGCGAUGUGCUCAUCACUUGUUACUGGUCAAAGGUCAGGUCACUACUAAGUACUACCGUUUCUUGGCCAAGCCAGGCGGCUGGGUCUGGGUUCAGAGUUAUGCAACCAUUGUACACAACAGCCGCUCAUCUCGACCUCACUGCAUCGUCAGCGUCAACUAUGUUCUCACGGAGACGGAGUAUAAAGGCCUGCAGCUUUCUCUGGACCAGGCCACGUCCAAGGCCUCCUUCCCCUACAGCAGCAGCACCGCCAGCCUUACGGAGAACUGCAGAACUCCCAAGAGCAGAGUCUCCCGGCCCAAGACCAAAGCUAGGCUCUCGCCAUACACUCAGUAUCCUAGUUUCCAGACGGAGCGCUCAGAGUCGGACCAGGACAGUCCGUGGGGCAGCAGCCCACUCACAGACUCCGCCUCCCCUCAGCUGCUGGAGCAGAGCGAGGGCCUGGAGGCCUCCUGUGUGUACAGGCAGGUCCCCGACUCCCGCACGCUCUGCUACAGCUUGUCCGAAGAGCAUCAUCACAGCGCCAGCGACGGCUACGCACAGCUCCAUGCACACGGUCAAGGUCAGAGCUGUGAGCGAGGCCGAUGUGAGGCGGGCCGCUAUUUUCUAGGAGCUCCUCCCCCUGGCAGGGACACGUGGUGGAGCACCACACGGUCCAUCCUGCCACUGGGCAAAAGCUCCUCGGAGAACCACGAGGGAUGUGACAGCAGUGCACCGCACAUCACAGCCGUCCACAGCUACAAUGGCCGGGGCCACUGGGACGAGGACAGCGUGGUCAGCUCUCCAGAUGGAGGAUCAGCCAGUGACUCGGGGGAUCGGUACCAGGCUGACCAGUACCUGCGUAGCCCGCAGGAACCCAGCAAGAUCGAGACUCUAAUCCGGGCCACUCAGCAGAUGAUCAAGGAAGAAGAAAGUCGAUUUCAGCUGCGCAAGGGCCCGCUGGGGCCGGCCAACGGGCUGCCCAAGGGCCCCGGACCAUGCUUCACUCCUGAGUAUACGCAGGAGCCUCUGCAGACCGUUGUGUGUCGAGGUUUGAGUCAGGUGAUCAGCCCUGCUCCUAGUCCCGCCCCCCUGUCCAGACUCAGCAGUCCAGGUCCUGAGCACCACCAUAAGCCCAAAGACUACCUCCAGACGGACCCAUCCCCCCUUUCUCUGCCAUUGCACCACCCGUUUGGUCGGCCGGGUCCGUGCUCGGCUUCCCCCGCCUCGGCCCUCUACCCCCCCCACACCCACCCGCGGCCCUACUUGGACAAGCAUAAAGCCUACUCCCUGACGGGCUACGCUCUGGAGAACCUCUAUGACCCAGAGAGCCUCCGGGGCUACUGCACCUCCACCAGCACGGGCCCCACCCACUACGACGUGAGCCCUCACCUUCGCAUCCCGGCAGAGCAGACCCCGGGACAUAAAGGCACCUCUGUCAUUAUCAGCAACGGCAGCUAACACUCAUCUGACACACGCAGUCACACAGAGCUGGUUACACUACUACUAAGCCUUAUUGUGGAUCCUGUUGGCCCGUUUCUCCAUCAGACCGAUCUCUUUCUUCAAAUAGAUGCUUCAUUAUAGAGCUAAACUACAGCAACACAACGUCGAUUCAGCUCUAAUGGGCUGUCUGUUAAAAGGGGGAAAGAAUGAGUACGAUGGGAAACAGCUCUCACAUCCUCCCAGUGUGUGUAACCUUUUGCACUAUGAGAGAUGGACAUUUUGUGAAGAGGUCACCUUGUUGGAGGAGAGACGACAGGGUUGGGUAUGGUUCACAAUGCGGAGCACAGCUUGGCCCUGAAAUAAAGUCCUGUUAAUGUUACUAAUAUGCAAAGCCAUUCUCUAGAUGUGUCUUUUCUCUCACGUUUGGUAUCUUGCAGUAAAGAAAGAGGCCCAUUGAUGACUGCUACAUGAUGAAUAUGAUUGUAGAGUGAGAAGCAUGAUACCGUUGGACAUAUUUAAUGGGGGACACGGGAAGUCUGCUGCUUUGAUAUCUGAUACAGUAUUUGAUUGGCAAGACGAUAGAACCACCUGAUAUACAUUCUGCAGCAUUUUGAUUUUCUACCAUAACCUGAGUAUCAUCUGAGGACAUGUUCUAUUGUUUCCAUGAUCAUAUCUGAGUGACUGCAGGAAGACCAACAGACCAUAUGCAAUGUAACCCAUUGGAGUGGCCGGUGAGGCAGCUUGAUUGUGUUCACUAUGACUCCUGAAGCCACUGUUCAUUAUUGUUACGUGGGCGUGUUUGAACAACAGGAUUCAAGUUUUCUCUUCGUGUCCGCCUCAGAUGAACCUAUAUUUAUACAUAUAAGUUUGGAUUUACUUAUUUUCCUUUUGUCAAAGCCUAAAAUGUGCUCCAUCUCGUGAAGUUAUUUAUGGUGUUCUGUAAAUAUGAUGAGAAAAGAAAAUCACACCACCACAUUUAUGGACAUGGGCAAAAUGUAUUUAUUAACUAAAUGUUUCUUUAUGACUUUUGAAAUAUAGCUGCAAUCAAAUCCAGUCUGCUUGUA